AUGUCGUGCUCGACCUUGUGCUUCGGGAAACCUGACUGCGCCUCGGAGAAUGCUCACGAACAACCAAUAACGGACUUCGCAAAACAGAACAAGAAGGGGGAGCACGCCACCUGUCGAAGUGGCCCGAGCAUUACGGACAUUGCUUUUACAGUUUCAGUAUCCAGUCAUCUAUCACACAAGAGUAAAGCCAAAGCGUCCAUAAUCGACCCUCAACCUCAAGCCCCGUCAGCUGUCACCACCAAGAACUUAUAUGAACCAUAUUCGACUACCCCAGAGACAACUGAAUCGCUUGAUUGGGCAGAGCUCGUCAACCUCGAUCUGUCCACAUUUGACCUCCCGGGCGGGAAAGAAGCGUUGGCCAAACAGUUCAAAUAUGCGGUACAUAACGUUGGAUUCUUUUACGUAUCGAAUUUUGGACUAUCCCAAGAAGAGGUUGAUUAUCAAUUUUCAAUCGGUAAACAAAUCUUCGAUUUACCGCUGAGUGAGAAAGUAAAAUAUGGAGUAGAUACCAAAGCAUUCUCGUAUAAUGGAUACACAGGUCCUGCUAAUCAUCAGAUUGAUAUCUCGUAUGUGUUAGAUAACAUACCGAAGUUCACCUCACAUUUCCCAGACAAAGAAGCGCAUCCUCGACCAGUCCAGGACAAUUGGGAUACAAUCGAGCAUUUCGCCAAGACCAUCCAUCGUAAUGUGAUCGAAAGACUGUUGGUGAUUUUUGCCUUGGUCCUUGAAUUGGCGGAUGAAGAGUAUUUCGUAAAACGCCAUAACUACGAGACGAGAGAUGAAGAUCAUCUUCGAUAUAUGCCGUAUACAGCUCGAGAUAAAGAUGUUAACAAGAAGGCUCAAGAGCUUUAUUCCACUGGACAUACCGAUCUGGGAUCCAUCACUUUACUCUUCCGACAGCCGGUGGCUGGUCUUCAAGUGCUGAAUAAUGAUGGGAAGUAUAGAUGGGUUAGGCCUGUAAAAGGUACUAUCACUGUUAACAUCGCCGAUACCCUCUCUUUGUUAUCUGGACGAUACUUCAAGUCUUCCAUUCAUCGUGUUUCAGUACCUCCCGCUGACCAAAGGCAUCUGGGUCGAUUGGGAGUACUAUUCUUCAUCAGACCCAAUAAUAAUGUUCUAGUGGAAGUUGUCAAAGACAGCCCAUUAUUGAAGCGCGAAGGUGUAUAUGAGCCACUUGAAGAGAGGAAGGAUCCUUUGGACGUAGGAACAUGGGUGGAAGAGCGUCAAAAGCACAUCUUCAAAAAUGUUUAUGAUAUCACUGAUGCCGGACAAGGUAAAGAUGGACAAGAGCGAGAUGAGCUAGAAGCCGAGGUAGCAGGGAUCAAAAUCAAAUAUUGGAAUUGA